AUGAACGUGGUCCAGGCCAGGGCACACCAUAAAACAAUAAAAGAACGCAAAAUUCCAGGGCAGACAAUUUUCUUUCGUAAAACAGUAAAUCAUCCUCGAAUAUGGGGACUGGACUAUCAAAAUGAUGUGAUGGACCCUCCAAAGAUAGACCCCAAAUUGUUAUCUGCCAAUGAGCGAUGA